AGAGAGAGAGAGAGAAGGAGAGUGGGGAACGCGCGCGCGUGCAUGUGAUUUUAAUCCGUGUGUGUGUGUGUGUGUGUGUGUGUGUGUAUAUGUGCCUGAACGUGCGCGCGCCCGGCAAUGGAUCGCCGAGCGUCAAGCAGCGGUCUGCGAGCGGAGCCGGAGCCGAGGAGCGCGACAUGCGGACACGCCGCCUCCACCUCCUCGCUGAUGUCAUGGUUAAAACACCGUUGACAGACUUAGAUAUAUCCUCUUUUUUUUUAAUGCGCGCGUUUGUCUUUUGAAAUGGCGGCGCUUAAGUGGAGGUGAGCUGCGCGGUUGCUCGAGGGAGUGCGCACUCGACCCCCCCCCCCCCCCCCCCCUCACGCUCCCCCUCGUCGCUGUCAAGCGGCCGACGCAGAUAAAGCCGCUUUUCGUUUUUUCCCCUUCGUUUCCUGCUCAUCACUGCACGAGGAGUCAUGGCGACGGGGCAGGACGAAAGCACAGUCCGGGUGGCACUGAGGAUCCGUCCCCAGCUGGCCAGGGAGAAGAUCGAGGGAUGUCACAUCUGUACGUACGUGAUGCCCGGGGAGCCUCAGGUGAUCCUGGGGAAGGACAAGGCCUUCACCUACGACUACAUGUUCGACAUGGACUCGCAGCAGGACGCCAUCUACACCUCGUGCACCGAGAAGCUCAUCGACGGCUGCUUGGAAGGCUACAACGCCACCGUCUUCGCAUACGGACAGACGGGUUCGGGGAAGACCUACACCAUGGGGACGGGCUUUGACGUCAACAUUUCAGAGGAGGAGCUGGGCAUCAUCCCCCGCGCCGUCCAUCACCUCUUCAAGGGCAUCGAGGAGCGGCGGCAAGCCGCCCAGGAGCAGGGCCGCCCCGUUCCGGAGUUUAAGAUCAAUGCCCAGUUCCUCGAGCUUUACAACGAGGAAGUUCUGGACCUGUUUGACUCCACGCGCGACAUGAAGCAGAAAUCUCACAUUAAGAUCCACGAAGACGCCACCGGGGGAAUCUACACAGUAGGAGUGACCACACGGACUGUGUCCUCGGAGGCUGAGAUGAUGCAGUGCCUGAAGCUUGGCGCCCUGUCCCGCACCACAGCCAGCACUCAGAUGAACGUCCAGAGCUCGCGAUCGCACGCCAUCUUCACCAUCCACCUGUGCCAAGUCCGCGUCUGUGCCUCCGACAAUCAAGAAAACGAGACGGAUAACAAAGUCUCCAAUGGAAACUCUGAGCUCGACGAGUACGAGACGCUGACGGCCAAGUUCCACUUUGUGGACCUGGCCGGUUCCGAGAGGCUGAAGAGAACCGGAGCGACGGGCGAUCGGGCCAAAGAGGGCAUCUCCAUCAACUGUGGACUGCUUGCUCUGGGGAAUGUAAUCAGUGCUUUGGGCGACCGGAGCAAGCGCUCCUCACACGUGCCUUACCGAGACUCCAAACUCACCCGGCUCCUGCAGGACUCGUUAGGAGGAAACAGCCAAACGGUGAUGAUCGCGUGCAUCAGCCCGUCUGACCGUGACUUCAUGGAGACGCUGAACACAUUAAAAUAUGCCAACCGGGCCCGGAACAUCAAGAACAAGGUCAUGGUGAACCAGGACAAGGCCAGCCAGCAGAUCAGCGCUCUGAGGACAGAAAUAGCUCGACUGCAGAUGGAGCUGAUGGAGUACAAGGCGGGUAAACGCUUGGUGGGUGAGGACGGUGUGGAGAGCUUCAGCGAUAUGUUCCACGAGAACUCCAUGCUGCAGACGGAGAACAGCAACCUGAGGGUGCGGGUGAAGGCCAUGCAGGAGACCAUCGAUGCUCAGAGGGCGCGGCUCACCCAGCUGCUUAGUGACCAGGCCAACCAGGCACUCGCCAGGGCGGGUGAAGGAGGCACGGAGGAAAUCGGAAACAUGAUUCACAGUUACAUCAAAGAGAUUGAAGACCUCAGGGCCAAACUCCUGGAGAGCGAAGCCGUGAACGAGAAUCUGAGGAAGAAUCUGUCUCGCGCCUCCAACCGCCAGACGUUCUUCGGAGGCUCCGGCUCGUUCCCCUCCUCGCUGCUGGCCCCCGAGAAGGAGACGUCUGACAUAAUCGAACUGGCCAAGAAAGACCUGGAGAAGCUGAAGAAACGGGAGAAAAAGAAAAAGAAGAGACUCCAGCAGCUGUUGGAGGAGAGAGACAGGGAGGAAAGGGAGGAUGUGGUGCAAGAGGUUGAGGACGCCAGUGUCAACAAGGAGGAAAUCCCUGACAACGAGCAAGAAAAGGGCACCGAGAAAGAAAUGACGGAGCGAGUCAGUGAGGACGCAGACAUGGAGGCCAGCGACCACGAAGACGGAGAGGAGGAAGAGGAGGAGGAAGAGGAGGAGAUGGAUGUGGAAGAGAGCUCUGAUGAAUCUGACUCUGAGUCAGAUGAAAAAGAGAACUACCAGGCAGAUCUGGCCAACAUCACCUGUGAGAUCGCCAUCAAGCAGAAGCUGAUCGAUGAGCUGGAAAACAGCCAGCGGCGCCUCCACACGCUCAAACAGCAGUACGAGCAGAAGCUGAUGAUGCUGCAGUGCAAGAUCAAGGACACGCAGCUGGAGAGGGACCGGGUCCUGCAAAACAUGAACUCAGUAGAAAGCGGCACGGAGGACAAGUCUCGCAAAAUCAAGGCCGAGUACGAGAAGAAGCUGAGCGUCAUGAACAAGGAGCUCCAGAAGCUCCACUCUGCUCAGAAGGAGCACGCCCGCCUGCUGAAGAACCAGUCCCAGUACGAGAAGCAGCUGAAGAAGCUGCAGAUGGAUGUGGCAGAAAUGAAGAAAACCAAGGUCCGUCUCAUGAAGCAGAUGAAGGAGCAGCAGGAGAAGAACAGGAUGAACGAAUCGCGCCGAAACCGCGAAAUUGCUUCCUUGAAGAAAGACCAGCGCAAGCAAGAGCAUCAGCUCAAGUUACUGGAGGCUCAGAAGAGGCAGCAGGAACUCAUCCUGAGGAGAAAGACUGAGGAGGUGACUGCUCUGAGGAGGCAGGCCAGGCCUACCUCCGGUAAGGUCAUCCGGAAAGUCAAUCUCCCAGAACCAGCCCAGGACUCCCCCCACAGACCCCCGUCCGGGCGCAUGUACUCCUCCAGCAGCACAGGUCCCUACGGCAGUCGUUCUUCCUACAGGCGCACAGUCGGUGUCUACUCCACCAGAAUUGCUCGUAAUAAAUGGCAGUCCCUGGAGCGGCGGAUCUGCGACGUCAUCAUGCAGAGGAUGACCAUCUCCAACAUGGAGGCGGACAUGAACCGCCUGCUCAAGCAACGGGAGGAGCUGACCAAGCGCAAGGAGAAAGUAAUCAGGAAAAGGGACAGGCUCGUCAGGGAGGGGCCGGAGGCCGAGAAGGCAAUGCCUCCCAUCAACGAGGAAGUGGACGCGUUGACCGCCAACAUCGACUACAUCAACGACAGCAUCGCAGACUGUCAGGCCAACAUCAUGCAGAUGGAGGAAACCAAGGAGGAGGGCGACACCGUGGACGUCUCCGCUGUGAUUGGUUCCUGUACCCUCGCAGAGGCUCGUUUCCUCCUCGACCACUUUAUGUCAAUGGCCAUAAACAAGGGUCUGCAGGCGGCUCAGAAAGAGUCCCAGGUGAAGGUGAUGGAGGGCCGGCUGAAGCAGACGGAGAUCACCAGCGCCACACAGAACCAGUUGCUCUUUCACAUGCUGAAGGAGAAGGCCGAGUUCAACCCGGAGCUGGACGCUCUGCUGGGGAACGCUCUGCAAGAGCUAGGUAACAUCCCGGCUGAAAAUGGGGAUGAUAGCAGCAGCGAUGAGUCUGCCCAGAGCCCUUCAGCAGAGGGGACUACUUUUGCAUCAGACCUCAUGAAACUCUGUGGCGAGACCAAAACGAGGAAUAAGGCUCGGAGGAGGACCACCACCCAGAUGGAGCUGCUGUACGCCAACUCUGACUCCGCCCCUGACGCACCCACUGCGGACUUCUCCAGUCCGAUGCUGCCAUUAGCUGAGACACCCGAUGGGGGAGGGGACAUGGACACAUCAGGCUCGUCAGUCAGGGACUACACCGCGCUCUCCCCUGGCUUUUCCUCUAAAAUGGGCAGCAUUUCUGGCUCUAGAACUUCGCCCGGCGUGGAAAAGCGAGCUCCGGAGCCCUCCCCGCUCGCUCGCAGGAAGACCUAUGACAAGGCGCAUGCGGCAGCUGACAGGGCAAAGGUCAAGGAGAUUAAACAGGGCGUCAUUAACCCGGUGCCGUCCACUAAGAGCGGCCGGUCAGCGACGUUACAGUGCGUCCACGUGGCAGAGGGACACAGUAAAGCUGUUCUCUGUGUCGACUGCACAGAUGACCUUCUCUUCACCGGAUCCAAAGACCGGACCUGCAAGGUGUGGAACCUGGUGACGGGUCAGGAGAUAAUGUCCCUGGCCGGUCACCCCAACAACGUGGUGUCGGUGCGCUACUGCUCAAGUCUGGUCUUCACCGUCUCCACCUCCUACAUCAAGGUCUGGGACAUCCGGGACUCGGCCAAGUGCAUUCGAACGUUAACGUCGUCUGGGCAGGUGAAUGUUGGCGACGUCUACGCGGCCAACACCAGCCGAACCGUCACCAUCCCGGCAGGAGAGAACCAGAUCAACCAGAUCGCCCUCAACCCCAACGGGACAGUGCUGUACGCCGCCGCCGGGAACUCGGUCCGAGUCUGGGAUCUGAGAAGAUUUGCCUCCACGGGGAAACUUACUGGUCACCUCGGCCCUGUGAUGUGUCUGACUGUGGAUCACACCGGAGGCAACCAGGACCUGGUGAUCACCGGGUCCAAGGAUCAUUACAUUAAGGUGUUCGAUGUGACCGAGGGCUCCCUGGGGAGCAUCGGCCCGACACACAACUUUGAGCCGCCGCACUACGACGGCAUCGAGUCACUGGUGGUGCAGGGGGACAUUUUGUUCAGCGGCUCCCGGGACAACGGCAUCAAGAAGUGGGACCUGGACCGCAAAGACCUGCUGCAGCAAGUCCCGAGCGCUCACCGCGACUGGGUGUGUGCGCUGGGCGUCGUCCCGGGCUCCCCGGCCCUGCUCAGCGGCUGCAGAGGCGGGGUGCUCAAGCUGUGGCACACGGACACACUAGGGACCCUGGGGGAGCUCAAGGGUCAUGAGAGCCCCAUCAACAGCAUCUCUACCAACAGCAGCCACCUGUUUACAGCCUCAGAUGACCGGACGGUGAAGAUCUGGCGUGCACGCGGUGGACUGGACAGCACCUUGGAGGCGGUGGACAAUGCGGACGAGGUGGCGAGUACCUGAACACAACACAGCGCCGCCCGCUGGGUUUGACUUUGGACAGGACAUCAAACAGCAUCUUCUGAUGACGCGUCCCUGCACUUUGACCCCUAACCUCCGAAGCCCAAUGUUCCCCCCAUAACACACGCACACACACACACACACACACACACACACACACACACACACACACACACACACACACACACACACACACAGAGUCAUUGCCAUGUAACCUUCAAGAGGAAAACACUAAAGUCGUCUCAAGAGAACGUAAAAGCGAUAGUUCUUCUGUGUUCUCGGAGGCCUCUGCUCAUCAGAAGUAGUUCACCGUAUUGUAAAUGAGACUCGGGAGUAUGAACUUUCUUCUUUUCUCUCUCUCUCUCUCUCGCGCUGUAGGCACUUCUUCGCCGUGGAUCAUGAUAAGUACUUGCACUUGACGGGGCGUUUAACACGGCUCCGCAUAUGUUGAGUGCUGUACCGGGAAACAAUCCAACCACAAACGCACAAUGACCCAAGGGAGAGGGCAGCAGUGUGCGUUGGUGUAGAAAGGGGCGAAUUAAACGGGAGGAGGAUAAAGUGUUGGAGGAGAAGAAGGUGGCAGAGCUAACAGGUUGGUAGCUGGUCUUCACAACCCAGCUCUCCGGUGUCUUGGGAUUGUUUCUCGGGCCCCUCGACGCGGGACCAAUGUCCCCGCGCUCCCCCCCCCCACUCAUCGUUGUUUGCUGUCCCGCGCUGCACUCGCGAACAUGAACACUCUUCACCGUAACCUUUCCGCUUCAUGGAAAAGUCUGACAACGUGGGAAAUGCGAGAGUUGUUUUUUUUUUCCUUGCCGAGAGUUGGACGAGACGAUCGAUGGCGCUCUCGUAUCUGUCGUGUCGUGGUGUGCAACUACGGCCUUUAGCUGAGCAUUACGAUUGGAAGCGCGAGGGAAUCCAUUCGCGUGGCUCCGGCCAACGGUAACGAAAUUGUCGUCACCAGCCCAUCUAAAGCUCAACAAUAAACACAAGAUGUCUUGUUGACAAAUUGUGGUUGCUGAGCUAACUGGCUCUCAGCUGCAGCGUCAUGCCUACCGACACACAGAUAUGGAGAGUAUCGAUCCACUCGCCUUAUUCACCGCAAGCGGGCAAACAAAUGUGUUUCCCGAAAAGUCCGACUAUUCCUUUAACUCUUGAGCACUUGUGAAAAAACUGACGUAAUGUUAGUGUUUGACAUGUACACUUUAGUCCUGCUUUUAAAUAUGAGCAGGUUCAGCGUUCGAGGACGCUCUACACUCGUUUCCAACGUACGUUCACUCUGCACACGUCGCUGUUGACACUCACUGAAGUCCCGCGCUCACCUCCCUUCACCCUAUCAGAGGGCUUCUUCUCGUCAUGGACUCCAGGUGACGUCCGCUUGGUACCGUAGCAAUGUGUAUGUACUGUAUAUAUAUAUACGUAAUAGUAUCUUCUUCUUUUUUUUUUUUUUUUGUGAGAGGAAAGGGCCCGAUUAGUGAGCCGAACCACGUCUGAUCAUCCUCGUUUUGAAUGUUCUGUGCAACAGCAGCUGUAGGCAUUAUUCAAAUACAUAUCCGAUGUAUGUAAACGAUGUGUUUAGAAAUUAAAUUUAAAAAAAAUCUGACUGAAUGUUCGUUUUGUGGGACCACCGGUCUCACGCGAGGACCAGAGUUGGCGGGAAGGCCAGACGGGCGGCACCGGUAACGCGACGGACGCAGCUUUUGCUCAAGUCAGGCGGCAGGUUGUGUUCAGUGGUCUAAGGUUCAUUUCCUUGUUUCAUUUUUUUUUUUGGUCUGUUCGUUACGCUGUCCCUGUUACACAUUCUGGUCGUCCCCCCUCUGGAGCUUUAGUUGCCAAUCCCCGAGUGGCGGACUCUGUAGCGAUUCUAAUGUCAGAUGCCUGCUGAGAAUAAACGCCAUCUGUCAAAAACCAA